AAUCACAAAGUGAUCUUCCUCUCUUUCUCAGGUGUUGUGACUAGAAAUGAUUUGUGGUUUUGUGAGUGCAACUCCUUUUUCCUCUCUAGUGUGGCGCUAUUCUCAAAAGACACCUAAUAGUUGUGUCACGAAACUACAGAAAAAUUUCCGUCGCGUGAACACCCAACUAUGCAAAACGACUUUAGUUGCAGUAGACAAGUCUUCGCCUUCAACUAGCAAUGUUGGCAAGACAGAAGAGAGCAAACCUUUUCAAAGGACUACUACUGGUGAAGAGGCUUCAACGUUGAAGCAGUCCUUUUCUAGCAUUCCCUCAGUCCAAAAUAGUUGGCUUUCCGAUCCCACCAAGUUUAACUCCAAAGUACAAGAUGUAGCACAGGAUAUUCUGAAUAGACCUGUUUUUUAUGCCCAGUUGCUUGCUGCAACAGUGGGUAUCAUUAUUGCAAUAGAUAUAUUAGACGCGGUUGUAAUUGCAUUGGAUCGACUUCCACUGUUACCGAGUAUUUUCGAACUAGUUGGUUUAGGAUAUUCGGGUUGGUUUAUUUGGCGAUAUGCGUUGUUUAGUGGUUCACGACAGGAACUGAAAUCCAAGCUGGAUAGCUUUAUUGGUAAAGCUACCAACAAGAAAUAAACGAGUUGUGACGGUUGGGUACGAAAGGAUAUCGAAAUAUGGCUCUUAAACCCUCCCAUCCCAAACGGUUUUUCCAGUCAACGUGGCAUUGGCCAUUUAUUUCAUUUGA